AUGGGAGUGCUCCUGGAAACUCAGCUCCCAUCCCAGUCUGCAAGGCAAUGGGCCACAAAGGCCUGCAACAAAGACUACAGUGUCUUUGCUAAAGCUCCCUGCGAAGAGCAGUGCAUAGAUAACUUUGAACGGGUCUUAUGCACUUGCUAUCCUGGGUAUUGCUAUGAUCAGGAGAGACACAGGAACAGAGAGAAGCCUUUUUGCCUGGAUAUCAACGAGUGUGCCACAAGCAAUGGAACACUGUGCUCUCAGAUCUGUGUUAACACCAUGGGCAGCUAUAGAUGUGAGUGUCACGAAGGCUAUACACAGGAGAAGGAUGGCAAGACAUGCACCAAAGGAGAUAAAGCCGGUCUUUCUAACCGCGGUUCCAAUAUCCCACGAGGGACUUGCUGUAUGUCCUGUUCUGAAUUCUGGCAAUUCAGACAAACAGCUCUUUCUUUAAAAAGAAGGGUUGCUUUGCUACCAAAUAAUGCUGCUGAUCUUAGCAAGCAAAUCACUGGUGAAAAAGUGCUUGCAUCUAAUGCAUAUAUCCUUGGCCUUCCAGGCCAGCCUGGCCAACAAGACCCCCCUGAGGCUCCAGGACCAAAAGGGAGUCAAGGAGUUCCUGGGUCAUCUGGACCUCCAGGACAGCCAGGCCCUCGUGGAUCAAUGGGACCUAUGGGCCCAUCUCCAGACAUAACACAUAUUAAGCAGGGCAGACAGGGCCCCAUGGGCCCAGCAGGAGCCCCAGGGAGAGAUGGUAGCAAGGGGGAGCAAGGUGCACCAGGACCAAAGGGGAUACUUGGCCCACCAGGUUCAUUUGAUUUCCUAUUGCUGAUGAUGGCAGACAUUAGAAACGACAUCACUGAGCUGCAAGAGAAUGUGUUUGGACACAGGACUCAUUCAUCAACAGAGGAGUUUCCAUUACCUCAGGAAUUUACAAACUAUCACAACACAGUAGAUUUUGGAUCUGGAGAAGACUACAAACCACAGGCAGCACCCAGAGACUCCAGGAUACAGAAGGCAGCCCAUCCUUAUCUAUGUCUACUGAAAAAUAGAGCCCUUUUAGAGUUGUUUGAUAUAAAAAUGUACUGA